AUCGAUUGUGUCACUUCCGGUUCUACCGCAACGAGAGACGAGCGGAGAACCACUUGGGCUUUGAGACCUGCCAUAAAAAUAAUAUUUCGUGAAAAUGUCGCUUAUCUCCGCUCGUUUGGCCUCUUCCGUGGCCAGGCGUCUACCUAAUGCUGCAUCCCAGGUGUCGAAAGUGGCGGCGCCAGCGGUUGCUGUCGCCUCCCGCAAGCUGCAUGUGUCGGCACCACAACGGGCGGCCGAAAUCUCCCAGAUCCUGGAGGAGAGAAUCCUCGGUGCCGCACCCAAGGCCGACUUGGAAGAGACCGGCAGAGUGUUAAGCAUCGGUGACGGUAUCGCCCGUGUCUAUGGAUUGAAGAACAUCCAGGCUGAGGAGAUGGUGGAAUUCUCCUCCGGCCUCAAGGGUAUGGCUCUCAACUUGGAGCCUGACAACGUGGGUGUGGUAGUGUUCGGUAACGACAAGCUUAUCAAGGAGGGUGACAUUGUCAAGCGUACCGGAGCCAUCGUGGAUGUCCCCGUGGGCGAGCAGCUGCUCGGACGUGUCGUGGACGCUCUGGGUAACGCCAUCGACGGCAAGGGUCCCGUCGACACCAAGAGCCGCAUGCGAGUGGGUAUCAAAGCCCCAGGUAUCAUCCCCCGCGUGUCUGUGCGAGAGCCUAUGCAGACUGGUAUCAAGGCCGUAGAUUCCCUGGUACCAAUCGGUCGUGGUCAGCGUGAGUUGAUCAUCGGCGAUCGUCAGACCGGCAAAACCGCCCUGGCCAUCGACACCAUCAUCAACCAGCAGCGGUUCAACAAGGGAGAUGAUGAGAAGAAGAAGCUGUACUGCAUCUACGUUGCCAUCGGACAGAAGAGGUCCACCGUGGCCCAGAUCGUGAAGAGGUUGACUGAUGCUGGUGCCAUCAACUACACUAUCAUCGUGUCCGCCACUGCCUCCGACGCGGCGCCCCUGCAGUACCUGGCGCCGUACUCCGGCUGCGCCAUGGGAGAGUUCUUCAGAGACAACGGCAAGCACGCCCUCAUCAUCUACGAUGACUUGUCCAAACAGGCCGUGGCCUACCGCCAGAUGUCUCUGCUGCUGCGUCGUCCCCCCGGUCGUGAGGCCUACCCUGGUGAUGUGUUCUACCUCCACUCCCGUCUGCUCGAGCGUGCCGCCAAGAUGUCCGACAAGAUGGGCGGUGGUUCCCUGACUGCUCUGCCAGUCAUUGAGACCCAGGCCGGAGAUGUGUCUGCUUACAUUCCCACCAACGUGAUCUCCAUCACAGAUGGUCAGAUCUUCUUGGAGACCGAGUUGUUCUACAAGGGCAUCCGGCCAGCCAUCAACGUGGGUCUGUCUGUGUCCCGUGUAGGGUCAGCUGCCCAGACCAAGGCCAUGAAACAGGUGGCCGGUUCCAUGAAGCUGGAGUUGGCUCAGUACCGUGAGGUGGCCGCUUUCGCCCAGUUCGGUUCCGACCUGGACGCCGCCACGCAGCAGCUGCUCAACCGUGGCAUGCGACUUACUGAGCUGUUGAAGCAGGGCCAGUACGUGCCCAUGGCUAUUGAGGAGCAGGUCGCCAUCAUCUACUGUGGUGUCCGUGGUCACCUUGACAAACUGGACCCCAGCAAGAUCACCGCUUUCGAGAAGGCCUUCACCGAGCACAUCAAGACCAGCCACCAGGGCCUGCUGUCCACCAUCGCCAAGGACGGACAGAUCACCCCAGAAUCAGAUGCCACUCUCAAGAAGCUCGUUACCGACUUCAUCUCUACCUUCACCGCACAGUGAAGAGCCUAGCCUUUAAAUCGAAAAUACCCUUCGACACGACACUGCGCUGAAAGCUUAGGAUAAAUCGUCUAAAUUAACUGGCAACACAGCGUCGCGCCGAACAAUCUACAAUGUUAAGUUAUCGACUAACGGAAACAUGCGCCCGUAGAUCGGACGGUGUUUCCGCUAGGCGUGUAGUAGUUAUCAUUCGUAUGGACUGUAUUGAAUGUUGAUACAAUCAUGGAAUGUAUUUAUCUCGGAAAUGUCAGGAGUGGUUAUAUAUUAAUAAAACAUCUUUAAAUAGUC